UUGCCGAAAGUCACAUGACACCUCAAGCUGAUCAAGAUGGAGGAGGUGGACCGUAUUAUUGUUCACUCAUUGCGAUCUAUUGGCUGUGACAUCGAGGAGGAUGUCCAAAGCCUACGCCAGUUCAGCACGGAGCUCAUCGUGGCCACAGUGGCACGAUGUCUCAAGGUCAUAUCCAGUGACCUUGAACUCCCGUCUAGUCUGCCCCCAGGGAUGUCAGCCAGGUUUCGAGUGGGUGCCAGUCUUGCCAAUCAUGUUCAGGACCUCGGGUACAAAGGUGGAGACCUGGGAUACCAGACGUUUCUCUACUCGAACGAGACGGAGAUUCGGAAGAUUUUUAUGUUUCUGGUGGAGAAACUGCCUAAAGAAUCCUCUCAGACAGCUGAUGAACCCUUAGGGGCAUCUGUUCUUCUGCACCGAGCAAUCUGUACAGAACUGAGUAACCAGCUGUCUGCCUCGUGGACACCAACCUUCAUGAAAGACCGAGGCAUUCGCUCAAGGUCAAAGCCUCCUGGAUGGCAAAGAGAGGGUGCAUGUUGUCUCCAGUACUACCACAGCUGCCCGACAAGGACGCCUGUGGGCACUGCGAAUCUGAGCAUCAAACUACCCAGAGAGACCAGAUCGUACUACACAUCCAAACUUCCGUACGUGACGAACCAGACGCGUGUCCACCGCGACACAGCGCCAUCUGUGCUGGAGGCUAACACCUUAGAGGUGGCUGUACAACAGGAGUGGGAGACCGAAUGGAACUCUGUGGGACUGGCCUCUAGACUCACACAGCAGGAUGAGGAGAAGACAAUGGCUCAGAUGGGAACAGCAGCACCGCAGGACACGGAAGAGGAACAAGAGAGGAAACGACAGGAUGAAGUGGAUGGACUGAGGGAAGAGCUGCACAAGGUGACCUCUGACCUUGAGAAGCUUGACCUUGAGGUGCGAAAGUUCACGGCCAGUCAGCAGCAGAUGGAUGAAGUGAUAAUGACUGAAGAAAAGAGUGCGGAGGAGAAAAAAGCAGCGUACACUGUCAAGAAGCGAACUCUGGACCUCCUGCCUGAGGCUGAGGCUAACAUUGGUAAACUCCAGGCUGUCGUAGACUCCAGUGCGCAGCGUCUAGUCACUCUGGCCAAGCAGUGGGAGAGUCAUAGAGAGCCGCUAAUACAGCAGUACAGAGAACUCAGACAGUUACACUCACAAAGAGAGUCUGAGGCGGAGAAGAAACUGGAGGAGAUCAAAGUGUUCCGGGCUCGCAUGAAAGAGUCAGCUGAUGAAGCGAGGCGUAAGGAGGAGCUACAGAAACAGCUGGUGUCUGAGUUUGAACGCAUGACUAAAGAUGUGAACCGAUCGGCGUACACACGGAAGAUUUUGGAGAUUGUGGCAAACAUCAAGAAACAAAAACAGGAAAUUGAUAAGAUUCUGGUGGACACAAAGAGUGUACAGAAAGAGAUCAACUCUCUGUCCGGGAAACUCGAUCGUACCUUCACCGAAACGGAUGAACUUGUGUUCAAAGAUGCCAAAAGAGAUGAGAGUGUGAAGAAGGCCUACCGCCUGUUAGCUGCUCUUCAUGAGAACUUUGAAAGUCUGAUCCACACAGUGGAGGAUACGGGAGUGGUAACAAGGGAGAUAAGAGACCUGGAGGAACAGAUUGAGUCUGAGAGCAGCAAGAAGAUCCUGAGUAACUUGGAGAAGAUCUCCGAGGAUUUGCAGCAGAUGAAGAAAGAGAACUCUGGCCUCAUCGCUAAGGUCAAGGGGAAGUGAAGGAGCAGGGUACUGUGUGGGAGUGGUGGGUGGGUGGGUGGGUUGUGGGAGUGAAGAUUGGA